AUGCGUACAUACAUAUCACCAACAUCAAUUCUAGCGAAUGAUGAAAUGACCUAUUAUUUAAUGAAUGAAGAUGAUGCUCUUAAAGAAAUGUCCAAACUAAUCAGAGAAGCUAAUGAAAUUAUAAAUUUAUCAUCAACAACAAUAGUACGACUAUUACUUCAUCAUUUCAAUUGGGAUAUAAAUACAUUAACUGAUCGUUAUUGGGAAGAUUCUGAUAGAUUAUUUCGUAAAUUAAAUAUUCCUAAUCCAAAUUCAUCACCAUCAUCAAUUGAUUAUAAUCCACUUUCACCACCAUCUAAUAUUGAACAAAAUCCAUUAUCACCUACAUCUUCAAAUUCCAAACUUGUUACAUGUAAAACUUGUUAUGUAGACAAAUCUUUCAAUGAAUUCUUUUCAUUACCAUGUCAUCAUCAACAUUGUUUAACAUGUUGGGAAUUCUAUCUUGAAUCUGCUAUAACAUCUGAUAGUAAUAUACAAAAAAUAUCAUGUCCAUCACGAUGUAAUCAAAUUAUGAAUGAUGAACAAAUAUAUAAAUUAUUAUCUAAUAAUGAACGAGUUAAAAAACGUUAUCAACAUAUAUUAAUUAAUACAUUUAUUGAAACGAAUCGUUUAACACGUUGGUGUCCAGGAAAUUCAUGUUCAACAAUAGUUAAAAUAAAAACUUAUUUACCAAAUACUGCACAAAUGAUAGCAUGUGAUGAAUGUAAAACAGUUUUCUGUUUUCAUUGUUCAAAACAAUGGCAUGAACCAGUACAAUGUACAUUAUUAACUAAAUGGGAAAAGAAAAACCGAGAUGAAUCUAUGACUAGUGAAUGGAUUGUUGCAAAUACCAAAGAUUGUCCACAUUGUCAUGCAAGUAUUGAAAAAAAUGGUGGCUGUAAUCAUAUGACUUGUCGAAAACCAGGAUGUGUUUAUGAAUUUUGCUGGUUAUGUCUCGGUCCUUGGAAAGAUCAUGCAUCUCGUCAAUGUAAUGUUUAUGAAGAAGGUUCUUCAAGUAAAAAUCAAUUAUCAGCUCGCGAAAAUCUUGCGCGAUAUAUGCAUUAUUUUACACGUUAUCAAACACAUAAUCAAUCACUUGAAUUAGAAAGUAAACAUUCAAAUCAAGUUGAACAACGUAUUCAAGAAAUGCAAGCUGAAGCAAUGUCAUUUACAGAACAACAAGCUAUUUAUAAAGCAUUUGAUGUUUUACAACAAUGUCGACGUACAUUAAAAUAUACAUAUGCAUUUGCUUAUUAUUUAUAUCGAAAUAAUCAAGCGGAAGUAUUUGAACAGAAUCAAGCUGAUUUAGAACGAGCAACAGAAGCUUUAUCUGGUUUUUUAGAACAAGAUAUUGAUUCUGAUAAGAAAAAUUCAUUAAAAUUAAUGGAUAAAACACGUUAUUGUGAUCAACGAAGAAAAACUUUACUUGAUCAUUGUAAAGAAGGUUAUACUGAACACUAUUGGGCCGGUUUAGAUACAUAUUAA